AUGGCUCUAAUAAAUGAAAGCGCUGACGAGGACCCUCUUCCUUGCCCAGCUUGGGUUUGGUCAAACAUAUCCAACAUCCACGUGGCUAAAGAUCGAUCCUGGUUCGGUGAUGACUACACUCCCUUCAACUCCUACUGCCUUAUCGAAGGCCACCCAAUAACAGUCAUUGGAAUUGGAACUGUCGACCUCCCUGUCAAGCUCGGCCCAAGCUCACAUGGUACUCUCCAUUUGGAGAAUGUGCUGCAUGUCCCUGAUAUGUUAUGCAACAUUAUUGGGGAUAUCCUCACACACGGUUAUGGAAUAUCAAAUAACAGAUUCAUCGAGCUAUCCACCAAACAGACCGUUGCCUACUUGACCUUGCACUACGGUCUUUAUGUGGUGUUGCUCAGUGAAUUUCCACACGGGCCUAAAGUUGGACCUUCACCCUUCGGGGGAACCAUGAAUAACUUGAUUGGUAUUAGCUGGCCAGAACCCGAGAGGAUGAGAUUUGAGGCUGUGAAGAGGCUCCUUGUUGCACUUUAA